AUGGAUUGGUUCUAUGGAUGUGAAAAUAGUGAUUUUCUUGUACCAAAAGAUCAAGAAGAUUCAUUGGAAAGGCAUCCUUCACCAGGAUGUUGGUCAGAAUGGGGAAUAAAAGCACCUGAAUGCUUUAAUUCACCUCAGGAGUUUUUUAUCAAGGACACAGAUGAAACAGAAGUAAAAUUCAAUUUCAUUGAUAAAAGUUUCAACGAUGAAAUUGAGUUUGACCCUUAUCUACAUGAUAAAGAACAAUCUAACAGUUCAAGUGUAUCUGGAGGAUUGCCUGAGCAAUUUCAACAAACAGCACUUUCGUUUGAUCAUCAAUCAAAAUAUCAUCUUCAAGACCUAUCAACUUUCGAACAAGUGGAUGACAUUUUCUUGGAUUCUGUAAUUGAAGAUUUUCCUUGUGUUGAAACCCUACACAAAUCUUUCUAUUAUCCUGAAAACCAAAGCAGCAACUCCAAUGGUGGAGUGCAGAAAGAUGUUGCAGCUGCAGGGUUUGUUCCUUGCAACUCUGACUCUAAGGAUUGCUUGGAUAUAGAGUCCAAUGGAGAUGAAACCAUGUUUGAGCAGUUAUCCCUUGAGGAACUUACACUGAAGGGUUUUGAGAUGUUAAUUGCACAGUUCACUGAGAAGACUCGAAUUUGUUUCCGAGAUGCCCUAUUCCGCCUUGCCAGAAAUACAAAACAACAUGUAGUAGCAGACUUGGAUGGAAGUUUUAACAUGCAUCAAGAAAUGCCAGACUCAGUUUACAAUGAAACCAUGAGGUCUGAGGACAAGAAACCAAUGGAAUCAGAGACCAACAGGGUUGACCGAGCAGUUGCAAAUCUCAUGUUCAACAAGAUGGAAAUUAAUAUACUAGAUAUUCCUUUCACAACACUAGUUAACUUGAAGAAAGAAAUAACUGGAAGUAAUGGGCUUCAAGAAAAAAGCUCAAAAGUCUUGGAUGUGACACAAAAAUCUCACUCUCCACACCCAGAAAAGUUACCUGCUGAUGCUGAGGUUCCAAGGUUUGGACUAGAGGAUCAACAAGAAAAACAGAGAAUCAUAUAUUGUCUAUGA